GGAAAAUAAUAUGGGAGAAUCGUCUUGUUGGCAAGCUCCUGACUGGUUAACUAAUGUUUAUUUGGCAAAAGUUUUAAAAAAAUAUCUACAGGAUGACACCAUACACAUAAAGAGUGUUGAACUUAAACCUGCUACGGCGAGCGGUGAAAACUAUGCCAGUGUAAUGACCCGCAUCAAAAUAUCAUACAAAACAGCCAAGUUAGAACGAUUACAAACCAUGUCACUCAUAGUGAAAUGUGCCUUCGAAAACGAUCCCUAUGUGGACCAACUAAUGGGACCCUAUGAUGUCACCAAUACGGAAAUGCGUAUGUAUGAGAAAAUACUUCCAGAAAUCCAUAGCAUUCUAAGCGAAGCAGGGGAAAGGGAUCAGCUGGUGCCCAACUCUCUCAAUGUGGACUAUCAAAAGUCGGGAAUAAUUUUUGAGGAUUUGGCAGUAAGAAAUUAUAGGCUUGCGGACCGCUUAAAGGGUUUCGAUAGAAAGCAUGCUCUGUUGGUACUCAGUAAACUAGCAAAAUUCCAUGCAGCUGGAGCGGUUUUAAAUGAACGUCUUAAUGGAGCUUUGGAGCAUUUCGAUCGUGGAAUUCUCAACAAGCAUGUGCGAAAUCUUGGACUUAUGUAUGAACGACAAAUAGCUGUAUGUGCUGAGUAUGCCAAAAAUUGUCCCACUCUGGGUGCCUAUUACUACGACAAGCUGUUGAAAUUGCUGCCUUAUGCUGUAGAAUAUGCCACCCAGUCGUGUGUUGAACGCAGUACCCAAAUGGAAUUUUUCACCUUGUGCCAUGGCGAUUUCUGGAUUAACAAUAUGUUGGUGAAGUAUAACAAAUCUCAGCAACCAGAAGAUGUUUUGUUGUUGGAUUUUCAAUUUUCCAAUUGGGCUUCGCCCGUUUUGGAUUUAUACUAUUUCUUUACCACGUCCAUGGAGCCAAGAUUUCAAAUGGAUUUUGAUGCUCAAGCAGAACUCGUACAAUUUUAUCAUUCAUUGCUAAGUGCAAUGUUGAUGAAAAUGAAGUAUAUGGGGCACAUACCCACAUUGCAUGAACUUUGGGUUGAGCUGGAGAAAAGAAAAUUUUUGGUUGUUGCCUAUACCCUGACUAAUCGUGCCAUUGCCACAGUCCAGGCAUGUGAGGAUGCAGAAUUUCGUAGCCUUUUUGACGACUCUGAAAAAGCAAAACGUUUUCAAGAAAUGUGCUACAAAGGCAAGGAUCAUCAAAAACUUAUGCAACAAUUACUGCCGUAUUUUGAUCGACGUGGUUUACUGGAUACUUAUCGCUUGCUCGCGUCGACAACAUACGUUCGUCGAAUUCACAAAAAAAUGGGCGAUUCAUGGCAACCACCCCAGUGGCUAAACGACAAUUACUUGGAGGAGGUUUUGAAAAAAUAUCUUCAAGAUGACUCUGUCGUCAUACAGAGCAUCGACCUCAAACCCGCAACGGCAAGUGGUGAAAAUUAUGCCAGCGUUAUGACCCGCAUCAAAAUAGAAUACAAUACAGCCAAAGAAGAUCAACUGCAGACAUUGUCAUUUAUAACGAAGGCUUCCCUCGAGAACGAUCCCGCAGUGUCCAGCAUUACGCUCGACUAUGAUAUUUACAACACUGAAAUGAAAAUGUACGAACACAUUCUGCCUCAAAUGGCUGAGCUGCUGAAAGAAGUUGGAGUGCAGGAGCAAUUAUUUGCCAAUACCCUGAAGGUAGAUCAUGAGCAGUCCACAAUCAUCUUUGAGGAUCUAACAGCCAAGGGUUAUGUACUAGCAGAUCGUAUGAUAGGCUUGGAUCUCGCCCACGCCGAAUUGAUAGUCAAAAAGAUGGCAAAAUUCCAUGCAGCUGCUGCUGUGUUAAAUGAACGCCUCGAUCACAGCUUGGAGAAAUUCGAUAGGGGUCUCUUCAAUAGACACACAAACAAGCUGGGGCUCAUGUGGGAGAACUUUACCUAUGCCAAUGCGAAUUGUUUUGUCAAAGAUUGUCCCAGUUUGGGUGCCCCAUACUAUGACAAACUAAUGAAAUUGAAGCCUUAUGUGGUACAAUAUGCCACUCAAGCCUAUGUGGAUAAUGCCAAAGAGGAUUUUCUUACUCUAUGUCAUGGUGACUUAUGGAUCAACAACAUCAUGAUGAAGUACAACGAUAAUAAGGAACUUGAAGACCUUCUCUUGGUGGAUUUUCAGUUUAGCAAUUGGGCUUCGCCAGCCAUUGAUUUGUAUCUUUUAUUCACCACAUCAUUGGAGCCACAAUUGACAGUGGAUAUGCAGGCUCAGGAUGAAAUGCUACAACUUUAUCACAUGGUUUUAACUUUUAUGUUGGCGAAAUUAAAGUAUUCGGGUCAUAUUCCAUCAUUAAAGGAGCUGCGUGCUCAAUUUGAGAAUAGGAAAUUUUUGGCUUGCAUAGGCAUACUGACUGAUCAUGCCAUAGCCAAUUCUGAUAAAUCGGAUGAAGCUGACCUGCUCUGCUUGGUGGGCAAUUCGGAUAAGGCGCAACGUUUUCGUGAAAAUUGCUGUAAAAAUAAACGUCACCAAAAGGUUGUUCAAGAAUUGCUGCCUUAUUUUGAUAGUUGUGGUUUGUUGGAUUUGAAAAAUUAACAAAGAUUUUAUUAAAAGGCAAUAAAUAAGGCUGUAGACAAUGUAA